AUGUCGCCUACCCAAAGUUACAAAGACACCAGAACAACGAGCCACGAUAAUGUGAGCCAAGCACCUUACUCGCCGACCUACUCAGUCAACCUCGGCCAGAAAAACUACGCCCAACCUCACCUAGUGGACCGUCCUGCUGGUCUCUGCGAUCGUAACACUAGUAGAUUGGACUUUGCUACACCCACGAAGGCUACACAAGAAGACCCCUGGCGUCACACUAAUGCCCACCGAGUCUCAUUUCCCGUGUCCUCCCCCCGAGGUGGCACGUGGUCGUCUUCCAUUAAAAGCUACUACGAACGCGAAUCCAUCAAGACGGCCAGCGCUGAUGACCCGGGCCUCAUGACCCAAUACUACGGCACACAGCAGACCUGCAUUGCGAGGUACCUGCCGCAGUCUCACCAAUAUGAGCAGAAACAACACAUCCGACUGCAUGAUCAGUACCACCAAGAUGACUGGUGGAAUUCCGCUGGGCCACAGAAACCUCUUGCCACUUCCAGCAUUACCUAUCAGCCCCAGGGACCCUCUUUUUACAAUCUACAGGAACAAAAAAAGCAGGUUGUGCAAUGCCAGCCCCAACAGCAUCAAAGCUUUAUAUCAGGUACAUAA